GCCGAGGCAGCUUCGCGGCUCGACGAUCCAUGUCUCGCAAAGUUGGCGUGGCCUCUCGACAAGCUCUCUUCUUUCUCUGUCGCAGUUUCCCCUUCCUUUCGGUCGUGAACGCAGAAACGGAAAGAGACGCGAAGAUACACGAGCACACGGAGAGCAGAGCGGGGCCCUCGCGAAUCUGCUCCUCUAAAUCGCGGCUUUGUGCACGGGAGAACACGCGCGCGCGCUCGUGCCCGCACGGUAACACAGUGAGACACGCGUGCGCCGUCUGAGCGAGUAUUAACACGGACGAAAACCUGCGAACGAGAGAGGAGCCGAGCCUCGAACGAGCGUUUAUCGCCGUUGCGUGUAUCUCACCGAAUAAACAUAAAAACACGAAGAAACGUAAGGAACCGAGAAGCUAAUCGCGAUCGCACGACGCCUCUCUCGCGGGAUAAACCGAGCCGAAUACGCAUUUUCAUUGGAAGCCAACGAUAGCGGAGCUGUCACGCGACGGAGCCAGAAACACGGAAUUUUCUUUGCGCGCGCGCACGUGUGUGGGUGUUUCGUGUGUUCAAAUUUUUCCGAGUGCCCGAGAUCCUUGUGCGCGAGCCAAGAUACGAAGGAAGCUGCGACUCUGAACUACUCGACGAUCUCACUUUUUUGCCUUACCGGAGCACUCUCCCUCUGGUUUUGUCGUCUCGACGGCUCACCGAAGCCUGUGGAAUCAAAUAUCGAAUUAAUGUCUCGGGAGAAGCGAAUGUACAUGAGCACGGGUUGCCCACAACGGACCGUGUAACGGGCACCCGGUUUUUUAAAUUUUUGUUUGUUUACUUGUUUAUUAGUUAACUCGAUUCUGGUGCAAAAGUGCAAAGAAUAAGCUCCCUACGCCAAGUGUUUACUCAAUUUUCUAUUUUUCCCUCUCGUUUUUAUUCCCCCUCACGUGAAUAAUCUCGAAGAGUCUCCUCCACACUCGCUCUCCUCAUCGACCAUAAAACCUCUGAAUUUAUGCCCUUUUUUACUUCUGUGCGCGAGUGCAAUUCUCAACGAAUCAUUAUUUAUCUUUGUUUUCUACGUCCACACUCGAUCCGUGCCGAUAUACGCGACUGAAAAUACAAAUAUAUUCGCGCUACGACGGCGAACCAGCUCGAUAUAUUUUAUUGCAUUUAUUUGAAAGAAUUGUGUGAGUUCACUGUUGGAUACGUCGUACCUCACGAGAUAUGGAUUGGGCGGUAAAGGCGCGACGAACACUGGGCUGUUUCGUACCGAGCAAAAAUGAAGACACGAGGUAUAAAGCGAAUCGUUGCGUGAGCGGGGGCGGUAGUCGUAGCAACGGUGCAAACGUCGGUACAACCGGCGGCAGCGGAGGUUUGGGCAACGAGAGCGUCAGCGUCGGCCGCGGCGGCGGUUACGGCGGGGCCGGGGGCGGCGGUGGUGGAAGCCCCAGAAGAGGAGGCGGCGGUGGAGGAGGUGGAGGAGGACAGGAGGGUGGAGCACCACCACCGAACACCGGCCACCACCACCACCAUCAUCACCAUCAUCACACCACAACCGGCACAAGACACCACAGGCACAAACUGCCGGGGGGGUGCCCCGAAUUACGUCACCCCCAUCAUCACCGGCAUCACCCACACCAUCGCUCCCAUCAUCGGGGCAUGAACAUGGGCCAAAAGAUAUCAGGUGGCUUGAAGAGCCUGACUCGCGAAAGCGGUGCAGGAACAGGCGGCGGCGUUGGCGUCGGUGGUGGCGGUGCCGUGGCGUACAAACCGGUAGUGCCCCGAGCACUGGCCCAGGACUUCUCGAGGCCAGCUCGUCUCGAUGUACUACUCGACAUGCCACCCGCGUCACGCGAGACUCAGGUACAUCACGGCUGGAAUGCCGAGGACCGGAGUCUCAACAUAUUCGUCAAGGAGGACGACAAGUUAACGUUUCAUCGUCACCCCGUAGCUCAAAGUACGGAUUGCAUACGAGGGAAGGUCGGUUACACAAAGGGCAUGCACGUGUGGGAGCUCCAUUGGAGCACGAGACAGCGUGGUACACACGCGGUCGUAGGCGUCGCGACGUCCGAAGCGCCACUCCACAGCGUCGGCUAUCAAAGCCUAGUCGGUAACAACGAGCUCAGCUGGGGCUGGGAUCUUGGUAGAAAUAAACUUUAUCACGACUCGAAGAACAACAAUGGUGUGACGUACCCAGCGCUAUUAAAGCCCGAUGAAACCUUCAUAGUUCCCGACAAAUUUUUGGUUGUACUCGACAUGGACGAGGGCACGUUAGCAUUUGUCGUUGACGGUCAGUACCUCGGCGUAGCUUUUAGAGGUCUUAAAGGAAGAAAAUUGCAUCCUAUUGUCUCAGCAGUGUGGGGACACUGCGAGAUCACCAUGAAGUACAUCGGUGGCCUUGAUCCCGAACCUUUGCCUCUGAUGGAUCUCUGUCGAAGAGUGAUACGACAACGGAUCGGUAAACAUCGACUAGAGGAGAAGAUAACCGUGUUGAAUUUGCCACGGGCGAUGAAGACUUAUCUCCUUUAUCGUGACAGGAGGUAACAACCGUUUGGCAAAACGGGAAGAAAACAAAACAACGUUUACUACGAUCGCGACUGAGACGAGAUGAGAGAAAGAAGAAAGAGGAGAAGAUAUUUGAGAGCGCAAUAAUAAUCGUAAACACGAGAACGCACAUUGAGAACCGAAACUGGAAAUUCUCGCAUCUCGCCACCGAGCACAGUCCACGUGAGGCCGCGUGUCCCUAACUCCGUUCCUUCUAAUGAAAUACGUUUCGAACGAAAGACGAACGAAAAGAUGCUCGAGAAUCUAUUAAGAUUUGAGAGUUUAAGCGAAUUGAGGGUUGUUGUAAAAUCGAUGAAGGAAAAAACAAAUCAACCGCAAAAGUCACCGUUCUCGUUCUCGAGUAGCUUAUUUUCAAGCACGAUUCUUCGAAUUCUUAAUUUUUUUUUACAUUAUUUCAUUUGACAUUUUUUGUUUUACCAUUUGCCUUUGCGUCUCGAAAUACACGAGAAUUUUAUUUUCCGAUGUUUUCAAAUCGCGGCUCCCCGAGAGCGAACGUGAUAAAAAGAAAUGGAGUUCGUUAAACUCGACGUGAAAUCAACAAAUUUUCUCCUUUUCGUGUGAGAAUUUGAGAGAAAGAUAUUAAGUUUGUUCAUUGACGAAUCGAUCUCGUACCUGUGAAAAUGAUUAAAAAAAUUGUAGAAACGAGGUACAAGACGAGAAUAUUAAAAAUAACCCGAAAAAAGGAUAAAAAGGAGAAGAAGAAUAUUACGAUUGAGUUCGGGAAUGCGGGGAUCCGUAAGGGCGAGCGCUAGUAAAUUAUUAGGUAAUAUUGUUGUUUUAUGUUGUCCAUACGAUUUUUCCAAUCGUAGAGCCUUUAUUAAUUGUUAUGAUUAAAAAAAAAAAAAAACAAGUAGAGAAAACAAAAGAAUCGAUGAAGCACGCGAUAACGUAAUGAAUCGUCUCGUCGACGCUCCUGCGCGUUGUUUCAUUGGAUUCUGAAUUUUUUUGUCACUUUUUUGUGUUUUUAUUUCGCGUGUGUUUUCUGGGAGCAAUUUUGUGAGAUCAAGUGGAUUUGAAUGAUUGACGAGACGAGCGGAGAGAUUGAGAGAAAGCGGAAAAUAAUGGAAGCUUAUUUCUCCCUUUUGUUCGGAGCUUUUUCAUUUCGUAGCUAAAUUUGUAGAAGAACAAUGUGCCGAAGCUUCGGGGACGAGGCGGUGAUGUCGACGUCGGAGAACGAAAAAUUCUAUUUCUGUUUUUUCUUUUUUUUUUUUUGAUUUUCCUUUUAUUAUUUUCAUUUUCAAAUAGAAUUUCGCCGUUACUGAGAGAUUCCUAACGGAUACGCGGCUCGAAUUAACCCGUGACACACGUACGUCGAGAGCUUCACGGUUGGCCAGUAAAAAGAAAUAAGAAACGAAAAAGACCGCAAAAAACAAAAUAAGUUUAGAUUUUUAAUCCCGAAGUUACAUGUGUCAGUGUCAAUCGGAUGACUCGCUCGUUUUAUUCCACAUUGAGCGCGAGGGGCUGAGAGAAAAAGCGAAAGAGAAAGAUAAAACGAGAGAACGAAAUGAUAUGAGAAAACGGACAAGUUAUUAAAGCGUGAGAUGAUAAAGGCGCGCUAAUUUUUACAACGCCGAAUACGAGCUCACGCUCUAGUCCUGCUCUGCGUAUUUGUGACAAGAAUAAAAAAAUGAACAACAACAACAACAACAUUAUUAUUAUGAAGAGAAAGAAAAACAGGCAAGGAUUAAGGAGUUCGUGAAAGCUGAAGAACGUGCUAAAAACGAGAAAAGUCGAGGAUCCAAUGCGGGUGGUGAGCAACGAUGAUGACGAUAACUACGACGAUUACGACGACGGAAUCGAGGUUGAAACAACAAAAAUUCAAAUUAAAAAAAUAAUAAUAAUAACAGGACCCCAAGAUCGUAGCAACAAUUGAAUAACGUGCGGAGUAAAUGAUAUGAUGAUAAAAAACAAUGUUUUUCAAUGAUUACUAUUAUUAAUAUUAUUAUUAUUUUUAUUAUUAAUAUUAUUAUUAUUAUUGCGAUUGAAGGAAGAAAAAAAUUAAAUGAAGUAUAAACAAAACCGUGUGUGUGUACAGCGACGAGUAAAUAAAAAUGUGCGAAAGUGCGAGAGCGAGAGAGAAAGAGAGAGCGCUAAUUGAACGAAAAAAGCCACCUUCCAAUAGACUCGUUUUUUCAAAUAUUUUCUAAGCAUGCUUAGGUCUAAUCGAGGUUCAUAGCGGUGUAUAAUAAAAAACGAUAAAAAUCCAACAACAACAACCGAAAAGAUAUGAAAAACAUAACACACUUCUUCCUCGACGAAAAAUUUAAUCACGAGACUGAAAAUGCAUUCGCUCGAGAUGAUUGAAAAACUGGAGAUUAUGUCGAAAAUAUAUAUAUAUAUAUAUAAAUAUAUGUAUAUAUAUAUAAUUCGUAUCUAUGUAUGAGGUUCCUCGCCAAAAUGGCCUCACUUUGACACGCGUCCUCUAGAAUUUUGUUCGCUGUUUUGUUUUGUUUUCUUUUUCUUUUUUUUUUUUACUUUCGUUUGUAACACUGUCGUUCGUUCGAUUUUGUUGUUGAUAAUAAAAGAAUUUUGAAUGAAAAUUCGGUUUUUAACAGAUCGCGUGAAUGAUUUUCUCGUUUAUUUUUUCCAUGUGAUUUUCACCGACGUAAGUGAAAUAGAAGAAAACUGUUACCGAAGGAAGAAUUUUAUUUUCUUCGUUCUUGCAUCCAAGUUUGAGGAAUCUUUUUGAUACUAUGUCGAAUGAAAUUUGAGAGGGCCAGAGCCAAAGCUGCGUCAAGUUGGAUAAAAAAACGCCUCGUAUAAACGUAUAAAUAUGUCCUCGUUCGUGUCACGACGCUCGUGAACUAACGGGGUUCUACGCGAUCGCGCAAAUAUUUGUGAGUUACGUGUGUGAAGAGCGACAGAGAAGAAGGGACGAUGAAAAAGAAUUGAUAGAAUUUCUCGAGGCUGGAUUUAAGAAAUUAAUGUGCGGAAAAAUUUUGUGUUGAAAAUGAUGAAAACGUAGAAGAAUAUGAUCCACUCGUGUGACGAUGAUGAAAGUCUCGAAUCGCCUGCGAGAGAUCGAACUUUGAGUAAUGUGAGAAUAAAGAAAAAAAAUUAAAAAAAAAUAAAAAUGAUAAAACACAAAAACAAAAUUAAAUAAUCUUUCGGCCAGGUAGAGUUUUGAUUACACUGUGAGAAGAAAAAAUAGAAAUUCGAGAGGAAAGGGAUGAGUAAAAGGACACUAGAUGAUUUAAAAUACUUGACGAUUGUGGGAAUGGCGAAUGUGGACGCAAAAAAAAAAACUGAAUGAAGAAAAACAAAAGAAUGAACACGGGCAUUGGCAGAAUUCCAAAACAAGAAUAAAAACUGUCACCUGUAAUCCCGAUUACGAAAUUACAUUUGUACGUUGAAUAUUGUAAUUAAUGAAUUAACGAUGACGAUUGAUCAUUCGCUGAUGAUGAUUAGAUAUUGCGCGUGUAACUAUUGUACUAUUAAGCAUGACAACUUAUGACUGGUCCCUAGUGAUUAUUAUUUUUACUUUUCAUCCUCGCUUCGAGGAACGAGGAAAGUGGAAGGAAAUAAGGCGAGAAGCGAAGGUAGAAAAGAAAGAGAUUUUAAAUAACGAUAAAUGGAGAGACAAAAACGAAUGAAAAGAAAAAACAAGAAGUACCAGCGACAUGUACAUAGUUCUAAAUUUCUGUAAUGUCCAAAGGUGACGAUAAUUAACAGCCUGGCAAUUCAACCGAUGCACGGAACGUAAGCUAUGAACGGAUCUUUUUUUGUUCGUUUAUUUGUAUUGAAAAUUAGUGUGAAUUUAUAAAUGGAGCGAAAAAGAUAAAAUGUAUGUAUGUUCAGCCAUCUGCGAGAAAGAUCUCAAUAAACUGUCGACAAUUCCUAUUAAUUUUUUUAUCGUGUUCAAUCGGAUAUUGCUCAGUUUUCUUGUUCUUUGUCAUUUGAGUUCCGUGUUGAACGCGUCACACGUUUUUGUUUAUUCGUCGUUUUAGUUUUUUUCAUUCCGGGUGAACAAGAAUUGAAAAAAAAUGAAAAUGAAAAUCCGCUUGUUCCGAAACUUUUGAAAAACGAAAGUUCAAUUUUACCCUUUUUUUUAUUAUUAUUUCGAUCGCUUCUUCAUCAUCGACCUUGAUCGAUCGUACAAAGGGCCUGGCCUACUUUUAUGGUGAAACGCACAUUUUCAAAAAGUCUCCCCGUAACUAUUUCUUUUUGGUCGAUUUUAUCAUUUUUUCUUCCAUAUACAAUGUUGGGAAAUAAGAAAUGGCGAAAAAUUAGAGCGAAAAUCGUUUCGUCGUCUUCCAAAUAUUGUUGAACACUCGAAAACUCGUAAUCAUUUCUAUUUUUUUUUGCUUCUCUGUAUCAAUGGCUCAAAAAAUUGUGAGUUUUUGUAUCUUUAAAAAUGUACACACAGAAACGAGAUUUCGUUUGAUGGUGCAAUCCAAUAUUUCGACCACUCAUAACUUGUCGUAUUUCAUAGAAAUUCGAAAAUUAAGCGAAAGGAGCCUUUCCACUUUUUUUUUAUAUCUUCGAGCUCGAUCCAAAAAAACCUUCGGUUUUUUCAAACUUUCUCGUUCACACGUGCGUCUCGUCGAUAAGAUGUUACCGCAAGCCUAAAUAAAAAUAAAAGUGACAGAUAAGUUACGAUAUAAAUUGCAACAGCAAAGCACACAAUAGAAUUCUAAUAAAUAAAUGAAACAAACAAACAAACUUAAUUAAACAAAGAAACAGAAUUAACAUUUACACUUUGUGUAACACGAAGAAAAGCCACCCGCAUUAUUGUAUCGACGACGAGCGGGACGAAAGUAGUCCUCGCGAGAUUAUAAAAUGUACAAAUAUAUACGUACGAGAAGGACUAAACAAAAUGACAGGUAUCGACACACAAAUUCGAGGCCUUAAAGCUCCAACCGUGAACACCAACCUUCGAGAAAUAUUGAGCAUUUACUUGGCUGAAAAAAACCUCAUUUUCAUAACAAUUAUGAUGAUUAUGAGUUUGGCUUUUUGUUUGAACUCAUUCGUAAGUUCGUAAGUUCGUAAGUUCGUACGAGAAGUUGAAAAUCUCGAUUGGAAACGACAAAAAAUUCAUUCGCCCAAAAUUCGAGUUUUCGGAGUCAACGUCCAAUCUCCAGUGACGAGAUUCUUGUCGAUCACUUCCGAUUUCGUCGGUGAACUUGAUUUCGAGUCAAAUCGUACAGAUUAAAUGGCGUUUAACGUCAAUUCCGGAGUCUGGGUUGCCUUCCAUAAGAGUUCAACUGAAAUUUGGAAGUUCGGUUACUUACAGAUCAGGAUUAAUUCGACUUCGUCAAUUCCAUAUUUGAAUUCCAAUGCAAUACAAGAUUCUUCAAUGAAAAUACGAACUUAUGAAAUUCACGAUCGACUUGAGGUCUCGAUUAAUAUUGAAAACUCGUUACGGCAGGGAUAAAACAAAAAACAAAACAAACAAAAAAGUACAGAAAUGAAGGAAAGAAACGAGGAAAUUGUGUAACUGAGCGAAGUAAAAGUGAGGCGUUUUAACGAAUAAUAUUUUAUAAUAAUCUGAGCGCGUGUCGACCGUUUCCGUUUCACCGAGACGAUAUAGACGACAUUAUAGAUACUAUAGGAAUGUUGUACAUAUUAUUAUUAUUAAUAAUAUUAAUAACUAUUAUUAUAUCAGUUGAUAGAGUUUAAAAAGGAUUAAGACGAUAAUCGUGUUAGUCGGCAUAAUGUGGAUUCAUUUUAUACGAUGCUGGGAUUCGAUUGAUCCGUGUCGAUAAAACGAUUUGGUGUUUUAUUUUUUUUUCUCUCGAUCUCUCAAGCAGCCCGAUAUUUCGCUGCAUAGCGAUUUUUAAUGAAUAAAAAAACUCUGCAAAUAAUAAAAGCAACAACAACAACAACAAACGAUUAUUGAGCGAGAAAAAACGAUGAAUGAUGAACGACGAAGAAACAUGAGCUCGUGAUUUUUUUUUUUCUUUGUGAAUCCCUUCGAAGCUUUCGGAGGAUAAUAAAAGCGAGAUUGAGAGAGCGAACGAUUGAUAGAAUAAAAAGUGAUUCGCGAUAUACCGCGCAGGGGGGCGCCCUGCUAAAUAUGUUGUCAGCUCGCCGUGUGCCCCCUUCCUAUAUUAAUAUUAAAAAUAAUAAAAAAAUUGACAAAAAAAGAAAACAUUGCCUCGAUGAAUAAAAUGAAUGAUGCUACAUCCAAUAAAUAAGAUGAAAAUUCAAAAACACGCGCCAUUGUCUCUCGAAAUUACCAAGUUUUCUUACCGAUCGGAGAUCGAGCGAAGGACAACUUUUCCGAGCUCUCUUCCUAUCGAUUUUCCUCCCUACUUUCGUUUUUUUGCCUCUUCGUUAAGGGCUCUCUGCCUCGUGCUCUUUCUCAUUCUCUCUCUCGCUCUCUUUGCGGUCCCGAAGUUCGACCACAAAAUUUCAAGCCUGACACCGAUCUCUCGCUUGUUUUUAAGUUUUCUACAAAUAUUUUGGACCUUUUUAUUUCCAUCGUCUUUCGUCGACGAAAUAUUUGACUGAGCGAAACGAUGCGGCAUUUUCACAAACUUCGAAAUUCAUUUCUCUUGGGGAUGUUUUUUCGUAUAGCCUCAGAAAUUCUCACACAGUUGAGUCGCAGAGAAAUGCAGAGUAGAGAGGCUUUGGUUUUUCUUCGUCAAAUAGAAAAAUUAUGAGGAAAGUCCGAUGAUUUUAUCUUUUUUAUUUUCAGCGACGAAGUCAAAUUUGUAGAAAAAUGGGAAAGAAACGGAAAAACCCUCUGGAUGAAAUAUUUAACGAAUGAAAACGUGCAGGCCCGCGUAGCAACCGCGACGCUGUUUCCACUGGGGAGAUUCUUCGCCAAUUUUUUGUCGCCCAUUCGUGUCCGGGACUUUUUCCGAUCGACGUGACGUCAAAAUAAGAAAAUGUGUUCAAAACGUACUCGACGAUCGCGACUUUUUCCUCGCGUAUUAAAAAACCGUUACAAUAAUGACGUUGAGCCUCGUCUGCUUCCGAACGACCGUUCCAGAGUCAAGAGAACGUUGAAAAAGAAGAAAACCGUAAAUAAAAUGCCGUGAAACUGCCUGCUCGCCUGUCCGCAUCGAAAUACAUUGCCACAACGAGUCUUUCUAAUUCAUCCAAUCGAAACGUUGAAGGAGACAAAUUUACGCGCCCGAAUCCACUCGACUGUGUACGCAAGCCCACAAAAGUACGUACUUUCCUCCAAAUUUGUCAGAUUCGCAAGCAAAACAACAAGAAAAUUUGGAAUUUAGCGAGUUUUUCAAGUUUCUGCGAAAUUCGAACGCGACGGAAGUGACACUCGGACCAGCGUUUCCUUUUUCGCGCGUCGCAAUUCAGUUUCCCGAUAUUUUUUUAUCCGCUAAAAGAAAAAUGGAAAAAACACACUCUCAUGUCUGUAUAAUCGAUACCCAUAAGCGUGCGUGUGCGUGUGUGUGCGAUUGUGAAAAUAGAGCUCGAGGGAGCGAGAGGAAGAAGGCAAGAAAUGUCUCACAGGAACCCUCCAUGCCUUGUCCAGUCUGCCAUGUGUGUGUCUGUGUCUGUGUCAAAAGAGCACGAGAAAAAAGCAAGUGAAAGGGAAGAAAAUAAGAAAAAUGAGUAGGAAAAAAUGACAGGACUUUAAGGGACAGAAAUUGCGUUGAGGACUAUCGCAACGAGCGAUCUCACGUCUAUUAUACAAUAAAUUUAUGAGUUAGCGUGGUAUUGCUGUAUAGUAGCGAGUGACGAAGACUUUAUAAAUAUGUAAUGCCUUAAUGUUUACGAUAAUAAUGAUAGCGUUGUGAUAGUUAAUGAAAAGAAACAGGAAAGUGAGAAAGAGAGAGGAGAGCAGGAGAAGAUGAAAAAAAGCAACGCGACGAUUAUGGUUGUCUCCAUUAUUUCAUGUUAUGUUCGUGAUUUGAUAUUUUUUUAUAUACAUCAAUAACCGAGGGUCGUUGACUCGAGGAAAACGAGGAACGACCUUACUCGGUAAUGUAUAGAGCAAAAAUGCUGUCUAAAAUAGUUCAGGCUGGAUGUCGAUGUUUGUAGCGGAAACAAAUUCACCAACAGAGCGUAUUAUAAUUAAAACAUUCAAAAGCAUAUUAA